AUGACGACGAGGAGUCUACCUGCAGAAAAGCCUGCAAAUAACACUUCACUUACAGAAGCAGAACCAUCAAAAGAAAGAGUAUUACCAAGUUUUUUGGAUAGAAUAAAUUUGAUCGCGGCGCAGCAGAAAGAUCCAGAAAUUCAGAAAAAGAUCAGCGAAGUUCAGGAAAAUCCGAAUAAAUAUCCAUAUGUGUUGGAACAUGGUGUCUUUUAUAAAUUAUUGUCAAGAGAUUCUGGAUGA